AUGCGCGUAACGCUUCUCGCGCCCAUCAACGGCGCGUUCACCUCCCUGCCGGCCGUCACGCGCCGCUACCUCACGCGCCGCGCCAGCGUCAUGCACCGCGUGCUCGCCUUCCACACUCUCGGCCGGAAGCUCUCUGCCGCUCAGCUGGCAGAACUACCGGCAGGAUCACUGUUCACAACAGGGUUUGAGGAGAUGGAGAUGGAGAAGGUAGAAGGGGAGGGUAUUGUGCUGGGCAAGCCAGUGUUGGGAGCUCAAGGGAGUGUACGAGUGGUGCUACCAGACCUCUACACGGAUGCACACAUGGUGGUGCAUGGAGUGAAUAGAAUUAUGGUGCCUGACAUUUUACUAGAUCUCCAGUGA